AAAUUCACCACCAUCGAUUUAUAAGGGCAAACCCUAGCCAUCUUCAUCUCUAGUGCUCCUGCUGCCUAUCAACAGGAAGCAUUCUUCUGUGUUUGUUUACCGCUACAUAGAUCAGAAUGGUUCUUCCGAAUGAUGUUGAUUUGUUGAAUCCUCCAGUUGAAUUGGAGAAGAAGAAGCACAAGCUUAAGCGUCUCGUUCAGGCUCCGAAUUCCUUCUUUAUGGAUGUGAAAUGUCAGGGUUGUUUCAAUAUAACUACUGUCUUUAGUCACUCCCAGACCGUGGUGGUUUGUGGAAACUGCCAGACUGUUUUGUGCCAACCUACAGGAGGACGAGCCAGGCUCACUGAGGGUUGUUCUUUCAGAAGGAAGGGAGAUUAAUCGAUCUGAAAAUUGGUCGACAUUUUGUUAUGGGCAAGUUUUACAUUUUAUGUCAGUGAGUUUCUUCAGACUUUUGUUGUUUGUUUACCUUAGCUGGGUGGUGUUUCUUCAUCUUUAGCAUCUUUUUGCUUAUUUAACUUUCACAAACAAUGAAAUUUUCCUUUCUUUUCCUUUAAUAUUAUUAUGAUUUAUGCAUCUUUUGUAUGCCCAUACAAUUGCUCUGGUAUAUCAUUGAUAUUAUAAUUUUGAGUCUUUA